GAGGAUGCGCGUUGGAAAUCCAGGCUUCCUUAUUUUCAGAAUAACGAAACAUGGAGCCUGAUAGAUUUUUUACAGUGGAGCAUAGUGUAUGCGAAAGAUUUCGGAAAAAAGGAAGAAGAACACAGGACGUAUAAGAUUUGUUUAGAACAACUUACUCAAAGUCCUCAUUUAUUAAAGUCUCAUGGUAGCAAACCUGUCCAACGGUUGGCAUCACUGUGUUUGAAAUCACUCGAG